UUGAAGAGAUGGCACUAAUGUUUCCAUCCUCGCCAUAGUAGCAAAAUGAACUCAAGGUGUUUUCUGUGCAAAAGCUCCGAAAAUGACGAACUGCUGUACGGCAAAUUCUGCACGAAAUGGGACCUUUCGGUUCAUUAUUACUGUUUGCUUUUGUCGUCGAAUCUGAUACAGAACGGUGAGAGUGAUGCGGUCGGUAUCUUUGGGUUUCUGGAGAAAGACAUACGGCAAGAGCACAGGCGGACGAGUCGCUUCCGGUGCUAUAUCUGCAAGCAGCUGUGUGCGAACGUAACCUGUUGUUUUAAGAAAUGCAUCCGAAUGUUUCACACCGCGUGCGGCAUCAAGAACGGGUGCCUGUCGCACUUCACGGACACGUUUCAGUCUUGGUGUGCGGCACAUGUACCGCUGAACACGGAACAGUCGCGGCAUACGACGACGGAACCGUGUGCGAUUUGUUUCGAUGAGAUGGGCCGCUUCAAUAGAAUCUCCUCGAUACAAGCCCCAUGCUGUCGAAACGGAUGGUUCCACCAGCGGUGCAUGAGAAAAUUCGCCCAAUCGGCCGGGUACUUUUUCAAGUGCCCGCUCUGCAACAACGCGGAUGCUUUCACGCUGGCGAUGCGCCUGCGGGGCGUGUUUGUGCCGCAACAAGAUGCUGCGUGGGAGCUCGAACCAAACGCAUUUCAGGAUCACCUUUUUCGGCCCUCGGAGUGUGACGCGGAAAACUGCAAGUGUCCUGAUGGUCGCACCGUAGAUACUCGGGGCGGCUGGUGUUUGCUGAUUUGCGGUUCGUGUGGAGCUACAUCACGGCACAGGCAGUGUAUGGUGUCGUCGGAAGCAAGGUCCUAUGUCUGCCAAUCGUGCCAACCCAUCAUUGGAGAAGGGGUCCUCUUGGAGGACGAUGACAGUAGCGAGGCGUCGCCAACAUGUUCACAGGAGGAAAAACUCGAGGCUGUUAAUGGUAUCGGUCCGUCUCCUGGGUCCGAGUCUGGCAUUCAGUGCUCCAGCAGUGAGGAAUCAGUGGUGCGGCAUGUUCGAAGGGACCGAAGAAAUCUCCGGAUGCGUAUAGCUUUGCAAGAAUCGGAUAGCAAUCAAUCAAGUGUUAGUUCCGUUGACAUCCGACUACGAAAGGUACGCAGAGCCCAGCAGCGGAUCGUUUCUGAUGAUUCCGACAACGAUAAAGAGAAAGAGCAGUCCUCUUUGGUCAGCAAAUCAAAAACCGUGAAAAGGGAAGAGUCGGAAGAUGAGGGUUCCAAUUCUUCCGGUACCUCUUCACUAUCCAUCGGCUACACUCGAAGAAGACGAUCGAAGGUGAUCAACAGAAAAAAGCCUUUAUCCCUCAAAGUGCGUUCAGACACCGACAGCUCUUCGCCGGAGAUGAGUUCCAGCAGCGAAGAUCAACCCUUGGCCCUGCUUAAGAAGACUUCAGAGAAGAUGCAAAAACAAAGCGAUCCGCCAUCGUCUAGUGAUUUCGACAGUAGCGUUCACAUUGCUGCUCGGGCUUCGAAAAGAAGGCGCGUGUUAACGGAUGAAGACGAAAGCGUCGAAACGAAACCGUUAAACGUUUCAAAUGAAGAAAACAUCAACCCGCAUCGUGCUGAGCUGGGAGAAUCUGGCGAAGGAUCGAAAACACCGUCGGCUAGUACAACACCGCCGAUGAAACCUUGCACUAGCUCUGCGGCGAACGGCGUAGUAAGCCGGUCUGCAGAGAAGCAGCAAUCAAUUCUAAAGUAUGUGCACUAUCGGUCUUCAUCGGGAUACAAAAGUACAGUGGAUAAACUUGCUGACGGCUCUUCUAAAGAAAUGAAGAAAUCAGGAAAAAAGCGAUCUGACUCAAAAGGCGUUCGUGCAGACCGCAAGCGGAAGUGCUAUGGACAGCCAAAGUUACUUGACUACUUAAGGAGCUGUUAAGUGGCUGACGUCUCCGAAGGGCCGGUCAUGAUCAAACAUUUUUAAAUUUGUCCAUUCGUGAGUCGUGCUCUCGCGGUAGCACCCGAGCGAUCUGGCGAGCUAGUCACUCGUCACGAUUGUUGUACUAUCGAUGGCGCGAGCAACGUACUCAAUGGUUCGAUUGAACCGAAAGCAGAACAACGUGUAAUCUUUAGCAAUCACCGUGGACGGUACCGACCACAUCGUUUCUAUCGAGUGUGUAUUUCGUGGGUUUAAUUGUGCAUUCAAAAUAUUGUGGAGCGAAGUGGUUGAGAAAAGUUAAAGCGAAGUUUUUAGAAUUGUUUCGAUGUUUACCUCUCAGUGUUUUUAGCCAUA